AGAGCAGCUUGCUUGACAAUAAGAAUUAUUAUCAUAGCUCAGUCAUAUUUACCUGCAGGUAGCCAUUAUGAGCUUAUAUGUUUGAGGGCACAAAUUUUACUCGGGAUUGCCAGUUUCAGAUAACAUUACCGACUGUAUAUAUUACAUCGUGUCUACGGACCUCACCGAAAGCUAAUGCUAAGCUAGUUCCUAAUGUCACAGACUGGAGAAACGAUUUUCUGACCUGAAAGUGAGUCAUGGGCAAAAGCUGUAAGGUGGUUGUGUGUGGCCAGGCUGCAGUUGGCAAAACAGCUGUACUGGAGCAACUACUGUAUGCCAAUCAUGUUGCAGGUUCAGAGCCCAUGGAGACCCUGGAGGAUAUCUAUAUUGGCUCCAUAGAAACUGAUCGCGGCACACGAGAGCAGGUGCGCUUCUAUGACACCCGUGGGCUUCGGGAUGGGAUGGAGUUUCCUCGACAUUACUACACUUUUGCUGAUGGCUUUGUACUCGUCUACAGCAUUGACAGUAAAGAGUCCUUUAAGCGAAUGGAGGCCCUCAAGAAGGACAUCGACCGUCACAGAGACAAGAAAGAGGUGACCAUUGUUGUGCUGGGUAACAAGCUGGACAGGCAGGAUGAGAGGAGAGUCGACUCUAACAUGGCCCAGAACUGGGCAAAGAACGAGAAGGUGCGUCUGUGGGAGGUGUCAGUGGUGGACCGGCGUACACUAAUCGAACCCUUCGUCUACCUGGCCAGCAAAAUGACCCAACCACAAAGCAAGUCCACUUUCCCUCUCAGUCGCAACAAGAAUAAGGGCAGUGGUUCUACAGACAGCUGAACGACCAGACACUGUUUUUAUGUUCAAGAGGAAGGAAAAAGGGAGAAGAGGUGUGUUAAAGGGAAUCUAGUUUUGCUAAAAAAAACAAAAAAAACCCCUAUUUCAAUAUUAUGAAGGACUGAGGUAGUAAGAGUUGGUUUGGAAAA